AUGACUAAGAAGCAGUUCCUUGUUGACCUGGAGCGCGACGGUUACGUCGUUGUGCCCGGUGUCAUCCCCCAGUCUGCCUGCGAUGGAUUUCAGGAAGCAGCCCUGUCGUGGCUCGAAGCCUUCCCGUACGGCUUCAAGCGAGACGACAAGUCAACAUGGACGGCACAAAACCUGCCUGACAACACUAUGCAGCUUGCCAUGAAAACUUCGUUUGGCAAAUCCGGUCAUGUUUGGGGAACAGACGACCUCAUUUCGUCGUUUGAUUGUAUUAACAUCACUCUUCCCAUCAACGCCGAGACCGGUCGCACCGACAUUGAGCCCACGGGCAAGUGGCCGCACAUUGACCAGAACCCACGCCGUGCCGACCGUUUUGAGUUGUACCAAGGCAUUGCCAACCUCGCCCCCAACGGUCCCAACGAUGGUGGACUGUGUCUCCUCAAAGGCUCGCAUCGUCUAAUUGAAAAGCACCUGGCCACCAUUGGGGGCUUCCGGCCUGACCAAGAUGGCGGUGAAAACGAGAACUCGUACAGGCUCAUCGACGAAGACUAUGAAUGGUUCAAAGCACAAGGGUGCGAGGAGGUCAAGGUUUGCGCUGGUCCAGGUGACCUUAUCUAUGAGGUCUUGGCCAAGAAGCUUCAGGUCUUUAAGGACCGCAAGCUUACGACGCACUGGCCGAACAUGAACGUGCUCCCAGAGGAGUACCUUUCCGUUCCCAAGCGCCCAGACGGCUCCGAUGACCCGGCCAACCGUCUUAGGCCAGUUCACGAGCCAGAUGAGACGCCGCAGGUGCUUCGUCUGGUGGGGGUGAGGGCUUAG